UUCAGGUUACGGGCAGCAUCAGUAGCACCACUAGCACCACUAGCACCACCAGCACCACUAGCAUAUCCAGAAUCACCAUGAAGCUGUACGUUUGCGUUUCGCUGGCCCUUUUGGCCAUUGCGGCCCCAGUUCCCUCGGACGCCCUGUUGGGCGCCAAGUUGGCCCUCCUGAAGGCCAUUGGCGGUGGUCUGGGUGGCGGCAGCUCCACGGGCAGCGGUGGUGGCUACGGAGGCAGCGGCUAUGGCAGCGGUGGAUACUCCGGCGGCUACAAUCAGGGAUACUACAGCCAGCCCAGCCGCCCGGUCUACAAUUCCGGAUACGGCAGCUCCUCCUCAUCAUCCUCCUCUGCCAGCAGCUACGGUGGUGGUUAUGGCGGUGGCAAUGGGGGCGGCUAUGGCGGUGGUUACGGCGGUGGCGAGCAGGUGAUCAAGGUCAUCAAGGUGGUGGAGCAGCCCUCUUACGAUUACGGACGUUCGGCCGGCUAUGGUGGCAACUAUGGAGGAUACUCGUCGAGCGCCUCUUCCAGUGCCAGUUCCAGUUCCUACUCAGCCCCAGCUCCCGCUGUGACCUAUUCCGCUCCUGCUCCCGCUGUGACCUACUCCGCUCCUGCUCCCGCCGUGACCUACUCCGCUCCUGCUCCCGCUGUGACUUACUCAGCUCCUGCUCCCGCUGUGACCUACUCCGCUCCUGCUCCCGUGGUGCGUGUUCAGGCUGCUCCUGCAGUGACCUACUCCGCUCCAGCUCCAGCUCCAGUUACCUACUCCGCCCCAGCUCCCGCUGUGACCUAUUCCGCUCCUGCUCCCGCUGUGACCUACUCCGCUCCAGCUCCGGCUCCCGUGGUGCGUGUUCAGGCUGCUCCCGCUGUGACCUACUCCGCUCCAGCUCCGGCUCCAGUGGUGCGUUAUGCGGCCCCAGCACCGGCGCCCAUCAACUACGCUCCUGUUUCCUACGCUCCGCAGCCGCAAAGCCAGCAGGUGGUGAAGACCAUCAAGCUGAUUGUGGAUGAGGAUCGUGCUCCGGCCCAGGUCUACGGCCCACCGGCCGUGGACUCCAGCUACUCCAGCGCCUCCUCCUCCGCUUCCGCCUCCGCCGGAGGUUACAAUGGUGGCUACAACGGUGGUUACAACGGUGGCUACAACGGUGGCUACAAUGAUGGUUCCAAUGCUGGAUUCUCUGGCGGUUUCGGUGGCGGCUGGAAGCGUGGCGGCAUCUUGGAGAAGCUGGUCGGCUGCUAGGCCCUAGAAACUUAAAGCCAAUGGCACUUAGGCAUCCAAUAAAUCCAAAUCCUAACCUAACCGUACUCAACUAUUUUUUUUCUAGUUAUAAAACGAAUAAUUGUAUUUUUUUGUUCGAUCGAUGUGUACAUAAAAUAAAUCAAUAUACCCGAUA